AUCAGUCUGCACUCGCAUGUCCACGAGGUUGCUCGCACGGGCCUGGCGCCUUCCUCUUGUAAUCACCCCUCUCUUGCACCUGGCUCACCACGUUUAGUGCAUUACCAGAGACCCGUACCCGGGUGACCGAGCUACUAGUUGAGGUACUCGUCGGGUAUUAUCAUUCGUCGAGAGGUUAGGUCAGAGUGGCCUAUCGUGGCGGGAUUAUAUGACUCGUUUGAAUUUGAAUUCACCCGCGUCACAUCGUUUCGUCAAUCAAAUUGUUAUCCGUUUGUUGUUUUUUAAUAUACUAUAUCGUGAUUAACAAGUUUCGAAUUAAACGUUACGAUAGUUGUCAAACGAGUUUACAAUUUAUCGAAGCUAUACGAGAACGUCGAACCGCGUGACAACCGCGCGUUGAGGUUAGGUUGUUCACUGCCUAACGCGCCUUUUUCGAAUAGAUUGCUCGGGACUUUAUUCCGGUUUAAUCGAUUUAUACGGAUAUUAGUGUGAAGGAACUGUUGGUGAUAAGAACACGUUUCCUAAGCGACGGAUAAGGACGAUGGGACCCGUGGAAAUAGAGUGAAUGUUUUCGAACGGUCGUAUUUCGUGCAGUGACUUCUUUGGUGUACAGCAAAAUAUGGAUAAUUCUGCGUAUGUGCCGAAUCAUCUACCGCCGCCAUCCCUGGUCGUGUUUUCACAGGCCGGGGGGCUGCCGGAGGCUCUGAGAAUGCAAAGACCCUUCAAUCCACAAGUGACCGACUCGAAGGAUCUCCAAGUACCGUUCAGCACCGCGGCAUCUCUCGGCUACGGCCUCCAUCAUAUGCUCCACUUGCCACCCCAAUUUCUCCACCCUUUGGAUCACCGUCUGCCGUUCGGCGGGUUCAGGCCCCUCGGCCCCUCUGCCUUCGCCCCGCCUAGCAAGUGUUUGAAAGUAGAGACCGGGAACGGGCCCGUGACCGGGUCCGGUUUGCCGAGCAUCGGCUCGCUGUCGAGCAUGUCGAACAUGUUCUCGCCCUCGUCCCUGUCCUCCGCGAGCGGAGGCGCCGUGGUCUCCGUUUCCGGGGCGUCGGCGAGCAUCGGGGGCGUCGGAGGCGUCGGGGGAGGCGCGGGCGGCGCGUCGGGGCAGGAAGUGGCGCCCCAGAGCCCGGCCGGGUCCGCGAGCCGAUCGCCCACCGGGACGGGGACCGGUUCCGUCCCCAAUCGAGGUGCCACGCCGGACGACGAGGAUCGGGACGCCAAUGCCACGCCUGGAUCCGAGAACACCGAGCGCUCCACGCCCGAGGAGGGACGCCCUUACAGACUGGGGCCUGUGUUCGGGGGCCGAUGCGGCGCGGAGGCGCUCGGGCUCGGGUUAGGGCUGUCGCUGGGCCCGGCCUACAGGUUCGCUCUGCCCCCGGGACUCGCUGCCAAGACCACCCGCUGCCUUGUAUUCGACCAAGGUAAAAAGAAAUUUCCAUCUGAUCCAUCCUGCUGUCCGGCAUGCGGAGUGACCGUAAGGCCGCAGGAGCUCGAGCAACAUUUCGCCCAGGAACUCGACAGACUUUACAAGAUAUCCUCGGCUUCCUCUCGGGCGCGAGCCUCAAGAUCCAGCUUGCCACCCGGCCAUCCCCAGGAUCAUCCUCACGGGCCCAUGCUCCAUGCACCCUCGACCGCCGAUGGCACGCCUCAUGGAAGAUGGGAGACUUACAAAAGGAUCAAGGCCAAUAGACAGGCUAGAAUCCGCGUGAAGAACCGGAAACGGAAAGCGGACGAGCCAUCGUGCCCCGUGUGCAGCGAGAGGCUAUCCGGCACGCCCGAGGAAUUGAACCAGCACGUGGAGAGAUGCUUAAACAAACACAAUAACGGAAAUCCUGCCGGCCAAAACAAUUUGGACGAGGAGGAGGUCGACGUGGAGGGCGAUGCGGAAACUUUCGAGGAAUACGAGUGGGCCGGGCAGAGGAGAGUGCGAGCGUCGUCCAUGCUCGUAGGAGGAUUCUCCGCCGCAGGUUUGGCGACGUCGUCGAGCAAUCGUUCGUCGGCCGGUGGCAACAGCGGAUCGAACCACCAGGAGGAGGAGGACGUGGAUCUGGUGGUGGACGGGGACGACGCGGCCGAGUUCGGGCCGGCACAGUAUUCCGAGGCCGACGUGGUCGCGCCUCGCAUGGAUGGGACGCCGAGGGAGCAGAAGGAGAGAGACGCCCUCCGGGAAGCGGUGAUAUCGCCGAACGCGCCCAACACGCCCCACACGCCCCACACGCCCGAGCAUCAAAUCGGCCAAGGUUUGGUGGAGGUGAAGCCUGAGCCGGGGACGACGACCCCUCUCGGCCAGAGCGAGCAGGACGAGGGCGUCUCGACGUCGCCCAGAAGGGAUGGCGACACGCCGGUGAUCGAGGCGCUGAGAGGAAGGAUUCGGGAACUCGAGGCGGAAAUGCGCGGCCAACCGUUCAAAUGUCUCAUUUGUAUGGAGCAAUAUAAGAAACCGGUGACUUCCGUCUGUUGCUGGCACGUGCAUUGCGAGCAAUGUUGGCUACACACGUUGGGUGCGAAAAAGCUGUGUCCACAGUGCAACAUGAUAACGUCGCCUUCAGAUUUGCGACGUAUCUACAUGUGAAGGGAGUUGCCAAACAGGAAGCCGUUGGUUCCCGUGUGUUGUUCGUAGAGAAAAAUCGAUCGAUCGAUGAAAGGGGGAAAAAAAAAAAAAAAGGAAAAAGAAAAAGAAAGAAAAAAAGAAAAUGUUUCAAAAUGUUUCGCACAAUCGUGUAAAUAUCUGUAUAUAUUUAUGCGUCACGUUAAAUUAAACUCCUUUUAGAUUUACCACGUACGGAUACGCACUGUAGCGUUAGUAAAUUAAGCCGUGAAAGGCGCGCGUGAAUGAUGUCUCGAUCGAACCGAGUCGAGCAAUGUACUUUUAUCAUUCGUCACGCAGACCAAUUUUCAUUGUAUUAUAACAUAUAUACAUAUAUAUAUAUAUAUAAUAUUUUCACGUUCCCGAUAAGUUAUUACGUAACGUUAGCCAAAAGAUUGUACGUUAUUUUGUGAAAUAAUUAUAAUCUCGAAUGUUAACGGUCGAACGUAUAUAUACUGGUUAAAAGACAUUCGUUUUUUUACAAAUAUUCGAAUAAUUUCGACGCAAUUAUGACGUAAAUUAAUUAUUUCUUCGCUUCGUUUUUUCGCCUCGCUUCUUUCUUUACCGUAUUUAGCAUACCAAAGGAGUAAGAUUCUUCAAAGAUCGUUUCGUUAGAUAUAUAUAUAUAUAUAUUUUCAACAAUUUUGAAAGAAUAAAAAUCGCUCAACGAUAAUUUUUAUCGAAAACGAAUUAUAAAAAUGAAAUUGGAAUUUUUUUUUCUUAGAUUCUACGUGAUCCACGAAGAAUAUCCUCUGGUAUGCUUAAUAAUUCUUGUUGUAUCUUCGGAUAUAGGAUAAACCCGCUGCGGUAAAUCCGAUUGAUUAUCAUCCAUCGAUAAAAAUGUUCGACGAUAGUAUCGAGCAUCGUUGUCUGGAUCUGAUUCGAAUCGAAGACUAUAUUCGCGCGUACCUGAAAAUUCUAGGUGUUAUAUUUCGAAUGGCUAACGUCUACUUUAAAGAAAAAAAAAAAAAAA